AUGGCAAUCCUCUCCGUUGUUGUGAUAGCACUCGCUUUUUACAGAGCUGCAGCUCAGCAGCAGGAAUGUGCAGAUCCGAAUGCAAACCCGACAUCCACCCCUUGCAUUAUGGGCGUAUGUCCUACCGGGCAAACCUGCAUACAGUCACCGAGAGGAGAAAUGUGCUGUGAUUCCACAAAAGUUACCAGUGUGACCCAACCACCCACGGCUGCUCCUACACCCACAUGCCGUGAUUUCGUUCAUCCAGUAACGGGUAUUUCGGACUGCCCACAAAAGGCAUACCUUUGCGAAAAUGCCUUAUACAAGCAGGUUAUGGCAGAACAAUGUCCACGAACGUGCAAUAAGUGCUCAGGUUGUCAAGACUUCGUCCAUCCAAGAACUGGGGUAUCAGAGUGUCCAUCAAAACGUGCGCUAUGCACCAAUGCGUUAUAUGUACAGUUGAUGAGAGAACAGUGUCCAAAAACAUGUGGCUACUGCGUAUAA